AUGCAUUUCUGGGUUGGUUGGGCGCUCUGGCAGAAACUGAGCUUUGCGCUCGCAGGUCUUCUGGCAUUGGUACUGGUGUACUCAUUCAUCGUCCUAGCCUACAACAGGCGAAAGACACAGAAGUAUGCCACCGCCGAAGCACGACAGAAAGCAGAGAUGCAACCCAUGCUGGCCGAACCGAGCGAGAUACCGUUUGGUGCUAGAGCUUUGGAGAAGGGAAUUCAAGUAGAAGGAAUAUGGACACCCGACUGCCGUUCUGCGAGACAGUCCACCACUCACUCGGGUAGUAGACCUGAAAGUGUUGCGUCGGUACCUAAGCCGACGUUGAUGGCACUGACAGGAGAUGAUAUCCAAGGCCUUGAGCGGACAUACCAACGGGCACCUAGCCCGAGCCUCUAUGACCAGUGCAACUCCCCCAAGGUUCUAGACAUUGAAUAUGGACAAUCAGAGUACAUAUCUCUCCCACCAACCAACCAGUCUCUACAGCUGGAUGGCCUCAUUAGUAUUGAACCGGAAUGCUCUCCAGAUCUAGACAAGCGUCGCUCAAGGUGGUUUGGUGCGCGAAGCUCCUGGGUCAAGAAGCCCUUCGAUGGCUACAAAAGAAGAUCAACACCAGAGGGUAAGAUCCUGAAGUAUAUUGGCCUGAACUCGAAAAGCUAAGCAUACACAGGGCUUCGCCGCACUUCAUCGGAGAGCUUCAGAAGAAGAAUCAGCAAACUCAUAGACGAGAAUAUCCGGACAAACCCAGCCGAAAUAUAUCAACUAAGAGCCAUUAACCAAGAGACGCUCGAAGGCCGUAGAACGCCAUCACCGACGAGGUCGCAAGGGUUUUCAGUUGCCGUGCUAUGAGGUGUGAGACCAGAUUGUUUUGCCAGCCUUCCAGGCAGCCUCUGCUGUUGACCGUCUUACAAUCAAUGUCAACAAUACUAUUGAAGAGGCCCAUAAACGAAUCGUUGGAUAUCAUUGAGUCAUUGAUAAGCCUCGUUCACCAUGAUGAACUAUGUCGCGAAACAAAUGCACGCCUGGAAGCGUGCAGGACAUGCAACGGAGACAGAAUGUAUUUCGUUCUUUUUCUUUUUUCUUUUCUUUGUGAUACAGAGCAAGUAUGUGCUUCGUAAGUUGAAUAACACAGGCUUGACCCGGCAUUU